AUGGAGAUGAACUAUGAUGAAAAUUUGGAGGAGGAGCUUCAUACUCAGAUCUAUCCCGGCACCGAGAUUAUGAGCGAUGUUGGAUCUCAUCAUUUCGUCAAGUCAUCCGAUAAAUCUCAUCGAGUUCUGGUGCCUCAACCGUCGGCGGACAAGCAUGAUCCUCUGAAUUGGAACCGCUUCUGGAAGUUCUCCAGUGUCUCAAUGGUGAUUGUCGUGACUUUCGCCCAAGGAUUCGGUCCUCUGGCUCUUGCACCCAUGUUUCCGAAUCUGAUCGAAGCGUUCGACACGGAUCUCGCAGGAGCCGUCCAGUUCACGGGUGUUUGUAUCCUCGUCCUGGGCUUCAGCAAUUUCCUCUGGGUGCCCAUCCAGACGGCUUUUGGUCGUCGACCUGUCCUUAUUUUUUCCACCCUGAUCUGCCUCGUUUCGAACAUCUGGAGAGCCGUGGCCAAGGAUUAUCGGAGCUUCAUGGGAGCUUGCAUCCUAAACGGCAUAGGUGCAGGGCCUGCAGAGACUUCUGCACCCACAGUCAUUGCCGAUGUAUUAUUUCUUCACGAACGAGGCGCAUACAAUACUCUUUAUUUUACUGUCUAUUUCGGCAGCUUGAUGGUUGGACCGAUCAUCUCAGGCUCGAUGGCGCAAUACUCUACAUGGCGGAACUUUUGGUGGCUAAACGUGGCCCUUCACUCAGCUGUCUUCAUCGGGCUAUUUUUCCUCUUCCCAGAAACCAAAUGGCAUCGCCAACACCCGAAGGAAAUGAUGGCGCAGCAGAAGCAAGACUCCCUCGAUGAGAAGAUAACCUCUGAAGCCGUUGAAGAUCCAGAGAAGAAUGGCGUGGCCGUGGAACCCACCAUUGUUGAUUUGACGGCAGCCGCAACGGCUGAACGCGACCCAUACCUCCACAGAGGGACACCGUCCAAGAAACAGUUUAUGCUGUGGCAAAAUAACACCCAUCCAUUCCAGGCCAUCCUCUUGGAUCUUUGGAUUCCCUGGAAACUUCAUCUCUACCCUAUUAUCGAGUUCUCCGCGUUUGUCGUGUCUUGGUCGGCGUCAUCAUUCUUGACAAUCAACUUGACACAGUCUCAAAACUUUGCCGCGCCUCCGUACAACUUCUCACCACAGAGCGUCGGAUAUACAAACUUCGCCAUCCUUGUCGGGGCGUUGAUAGGCCUGCUUACCAACGGGCCGCUUAGCGACUGGAUCGCAGCAAAGGCGACGAAGAGAAACAGGGGCAUCCGAGAGCCCGAGAUGAGAUUGCCGGCUAUGAUCCCUUACGUGAUUGUCAUGCUCAUCAACAACUUUGUCGUGGCCUUUGGGUAUGAAUACAAGUGGGAUUGGCGAAUUAUUGUCAUAAUUGGCUACACAUGUGCCGGCAUUCAAGUUGCCGCCAUCCCUGCCAUCGCCUCGACCUACAGCGUCGACUCCUACAAACCGGUUGCAGGUUCCAUCUUCGUCGCCAUCACGGUCAACAAAAAUGUCUGGGGAUACGGCUUGGGCAAGUUUAUUACGCCAUGGAUCAUCCGCGAUGGAUACCUCCCGCCGAUCAUGCUGAAUAUGUCUCUGAUCUUCUUGUGGUGCUCUUUUGGGAUCUUGUUUUACGUCUACGGGAAGACCUUCAGGAAGUGGACCAGCAACAGUUCGGUCCACAACAUGUGA